AUGCAAGCCCUUCUCCUUCUGCACUCAUUCCCCAUCUCAGCGAAAAGACUGAACCUGCCUUGUUGUCUGAUGUCAGGAGCUGAGCUCAGCACAGCCAUGGCCCAGGAGACCAACCAGACACAGGUGCCCCUGCUAUGCACCACAGGCUGCGGCUUCUAUGGAAACCCUCGAACCAACGGCAUGUGCUCUGUCUGCUAUAAGGAUUUCCUCCAGCGGCAACAGAAUAGUGGGCGAAUAAGUCCCCCAGUAGCCAGCAGCCCCAGUCCUGCUGCCCUGGAGACCUUCCCUGCAGCAUGUGCAGAGGAGGCGGACCCUACACCUGAUGAUGUCUUAGCCAGAUCGAGCUCUCAGACUCCUGUGACCCACCAGAUGACAGCUAUGAGCAUAUCGAAGGAAGACAGCCACAGCCAGACAGGCAGCUACGUCCAGGCAGAAGAGGCCCUCUCCACGACUCCCUCGUCAGGUUCUCUUCUCGAGACAUCUCAGAGCUCCUCUGAGGAAGAGAAGUCAUCUGAGAAACCCAGACCGAAAAAGAACCGCUGCUUUGCUUGUCGGAAAAAAGUGGGUCUGACAGGCUUUGACUGCCGCUGUGGAAAUCUGUUUUGUGCCAUGCACCGAUACUCAGAAAAGCACAGUUGUCCUUUUGACUACAAGGCUGAGGCCGCUGAGAAGAUCCGCAAGGAGAACCCCAUCAUUGUGGCUGAGAAGAUUCGGAAGUUGUGAAGCGUGGCAUCCCUGAGGGGCACGGUCAUCCGUGCCAUUUAAGAGGUCCUUGACUCCUCACCCUGAAGCCAGGCCUCUCCCUCCAGACGGGGGAUCUGGCUGAAUCCGCUCUGAAGCCAUCUCUGGGGUUUGGGUAUUCCCCAAGAUAAAGAACUCUGCAGCUCGAAAGCCCUUAGACUUGUUUGUGUCCUCUCCCUCCCUGGCUCCAGGGAAGAUAGUGGGACCAGCUUCCCUCUUGUCUCAGCAGGAAGCCUUGCCCUCAUUUCUCUAUCUCCUCCCUUCCUUUACCAUUUCCCAGGAUUUCCCAGCACCACCAGCAAAGUGGGGUCUUACUUUCCAUUGGUCAAGAGUGUCGCCUCUCAACUCUGAUCUUGCUAUCAACCACAAAAGCUGUUUGUGACCCAGUCAUAAGAGAUGCGUUGAAGAGGGCCCCUUCCCUUCCCCUGCCUUUCUUCCCACCACAUGCACUCACUUUGCUAUCUACGUUCUGCCUUACUGUGCAUUCCCAGUUCUCAGGUUUGCAUAUCCAGCUCAGACCAGCACCCUGUCUCCCCUUACAGGGAAAAAUCUCAGAGGAACCUUAGCUUUGUAUAAAGGUAUUGUUGAUAGUUAGCAAGCCUUGAAGGGCAGAACCAGCCUGGUACUCUGAUUCAGUACCUCCCUCCACCUUGCUCUUGUAGGCCCCUACUCCUUCAAGCCUGUGUGCCUAUGCCCCUGCCCACGUCAAGCUGACUCAGUUAGCUUUUUCCAUGGGAAGCAAAAUGUACCAAGCAUUGGCCCCCUGGUCUGUAGGGUACACAGCCACCUGUCCUCAGGUCACAUGGCAUCUUGAGUGGAUCUUUGGGAGGUGGGAUGGAGUGUGCUUCUCUUUGGUGUUGCCUCUUUCUUCCUGGGAAGUCUUUGUGGGGAUACAGUCCUGACGAGCAAACCAGCUUGGUUUAGAGGCAGGGAGUGGUGUCCUAUAGUCCAGUGAAGGAGAAGGUGCCCUGCAGCCAAUUAGAAAGCUCUGCUGGGGCUGACUCCUUUGGAUUCCAGGACACCCGACACCUUCGAAGAGCCGCCUGAACCUCUCCUAGAGGCAGCAGGAGAAUAAGUGUCACAAUUGGAUUUUGAAUCUAGUCUCUGUUCCUUCCCCUCCCUAGGGAGUUGAGCCAGAUCUGCACUGGGGUCUUGGCUCAAGACAGCCCUCCAGGCUCUCGCCAGGGGCCAGUGGGCAGUACCAGGCUGCCAUCUUCUCAGGACUGCCACGGCCAUUCUGGACUCUUAGUGAGUGCCACUGACUUCCUGGCCACGCUUCUUCUGCCUUCUCAAGCACAUGCUCCUGUUUGCCUCGAGCCCAUCAACGUGUCCUCCCAGUUUUCUGUUUUAACUUUUGCAGACAGAUUUCACAUGGCUGGGCAGGAGCAGCAGGAGCAGCCCAUUCACCCCUCAGGAUUAGCCUCUGCCCCCCCCCCAUGUCUGUUGACCAUGCAGAUCCUCUGUAGCCCCAGGGGCUAAUGGGUGGGCUGUAUAGCUUCCAGCCUGCUGCCCCUUCCCUCCUGCUGACCCAGUUCGAUCUUAUUUUUCUUUUCCUUGUCUCCCAGCAUCGUGCCCCACCUGUGUAAACAUUAAUAUAUUCCAUUUGUCUCCAUGGUGUGCUGUGUCUCACAUCCAGCUUGGGCCCAGUGGGCAGAACCAGGUGCACCAGUGGGGAAGCUGCAAAAAGGCAGGUUUAGUCUCCGUGUGUGGAAGAACUUCCGUGAUCAUUAGAGCUGUCCAAAAGUGGAACGAGAGCCUGGGGAGGCUGUGAGCUCCCAUCACUAGCAGUCAUCAAGCAGCAUUUGGAUGAUCACUUGUCAGGGAUGUUUAGAGAGGAAUCCAGCCCAGGUAUAGAGUGGACUUGAUACCCUUGGAGUCUCUUGCCAUCUCUGCCCUUGGUCUCACCACCAAUCUCCCUCUUUCUGAGCCUGGUGGGAUGGCAGUAGAUGUAGGAAAGGACCUGGAAUUGGGAGGCCUUUGGGAGCCACCACUCCCAUCUCUCAGGGCUGAUAGCCACUCAGGCCCAGGAAGGUCCUCAGAGGCUGCUGCCCUGUUCAAGAUCUCAUUUUAAUGUACCACUUCUAACAGCAUUAUCACAGUUCUGUGCCUUAAGAUUGGCAAGCCCCACCUGACUUCUUUGGAGACCUCACUGGGUCUCUUGUCAUUACCCCUUGUAAAGGAGGCAGUUAAACUUGUUCCCUUCCAGCUCUAGAUCCCGAGAUCUAUGAUCUGCCUUAAGAGGAUUAGACUGGGGUUGUCUAAGAGGAAAUAGGAUUCGGUGCCCCAUAUAAGACCAUAUUCCUUUUUCCUCUUCCUCCUUUCUCCCCCCAUCCCCUCCCCCAGCCAAAACAUCCCAUUUGGAGCUAAAAUUCUAGUUCUGAAUGCCAGUUCUGCCAGGGACCAGGAAACCCCAGUGGGGAAGAGGGAAUGGGAACUCGAGAACCUCAUGUCCUCAUCUAUAAAAUGAGAGGUGGACUGAUACGGUCUCCAGAGGGCUUUUUCACUCUUACAUUCUGUGCUCUUAAGUUUCCUCUCAGCUCUGGGAGCUGGCUAUGUUCACUAGCAUUUGGGGAGCCAGAAGGGACCUUAGAGAUCACCUCCUCCAAAUCCUCAGGCCUGAAAGGUAAAGCAGCGAAGGACUCCCCAGCUCUGACAUUAUGCUUCAAGCUUCCCUCUGGCUCUGUUUCUUUGAGGGUUUCUGAUGGACCACAGGACCCAGAUCCUAGACUUGGAGGAGCUGGGAGAGGAAGGAGGGUUAUUAAGACAUUCUCAUCAAUACACCCCUUCACUCUCCUUACUCUUUUCUCAUCCUUGAGAUCUGCCUUCUCUGGAUCAUUUCCCCAGUCUGCCAGGUCCAAGCUACCUUUAUCCCACACACCAAGAGACAGUUCACUUUGAUUUCCUCUUUUAAUAAAAAGUUUUUCAAGCUUGCAUAUAAAA